CAACGUGUUACAGACCCUUUCCUGUCAUGCUGUUCUACGUCUCCGGCAUCUGGAUCUCACUUACAAUAACUAUACAGACAUGCCCAUCUGCUCCAAGAUUGACAUGCCAGAACUGCAGUAUCUUCGUCUCAGUCCUAAAAGGAUACGGGGAUCAGAUUUCAGCGCACUUACUGAUUUACAACUGGAUACUCUUUUCCUGAAUCUAGAAGACCUCUCUGAAUACAGAGCUGCGAGUAUCCCAGCGUUCAACACAAAGACCAUUCAGAUUGUAUCCCCCCGCAGAGAUUUCCAUAUUCUCGCAGACGUAGAACUCAGCGCGACAGAAAGUUUAGAACUGUUCAACAUCCAUGGCAAGCAAGUCAAUGAGUUAAGGAGGUUCCUCAGUAGAAGCGGAAGAUUACUAAACCUGACAUUGAACAAUAUGCAGUGCUCCUGGGAAGACUUCAUCAGCAUUCUACAGGCCGCAUGGGAAACGACCGUGGAACAUUUAGUGAUCUCUAAUGCCGCUUGGAUGGAUGCAACUGAUAAAAACAAUUUUGACUAUACCAAAACAUCUCUAAAAACAUUAGAAAUUAAAGAGACUAUAAUCCUUACCAUUGAAGCUGAUCCAAAAUACAUGUAUAGGAUAUUUUCGGAGAUGAACAUCACAGCCAUGACCAUUUCUGGUGCCAAGCUGAUACACAUGCUGUGCCCUUCCAAACCCAGUCAUUUUACCUACCUAUGUUUUUCUUAUAAUAUUUUAACAGAUUCAGUUUUCGAAAGCUGCAAUAAUCUGACACUCCUCGAAACACUUAUUCUAUCAGGGAAUCGGCUUACGAAUCUAAUGAAAAUGAGUUUAAUGACCCGUCACAUGAAGUCUCUGAAAUAUCUGGACAUGAGCCAGAAUUUAUUGCAACACGAAGUCCAUGAGAAAGGGUGCCACUGGGGUGAAAAUCUGGUGGAACUGAAUUUGUCAUCCAACCUGUUGUCCGAUUCCGUCUUUCACUGUUUGCCAGUCAACAUCCAAAAGCUUGAUCUACAGAACAACCAAAUUUCAAGUAUCCCCAGCAUGAUCGUUGAGCUCAGAGCUCUGGAAGAGCUGAAUUUGGCUUCUAAUAGGCUGACUGAUCUGCCUGGGUGUGGUCAGUUUAGGAGUCUGAGAUCACUGAAUACAGAAAUGAAUUCAAUAGUCACACCCUCUUCCCAAUUCUACCAUACCUGUCAGAGCAUCAGAGAAGUAAAAGCAGAGCACAAUCCCUUCAUGUGUUCCUGUGAAAUACGAGAAUUAAUUGAUCUUAGAAAACAAGGAUUGGUGGUAUUGGUUGGCUGGCCCGAGUCUUAUCGGUGCGAAUACCCAGAAGAUGUACGAGGAACCCAGUUACAGGAUUUUCAUGUCUCUGAACUUGUCUGCAACACGACACUUUUGGUUACUUUAGUUCUCUUUAUUACAGUGGUCUUUGCAGCUAUCAUUUCCUUCCUGUGCAUCUAUCUGGACAUCCCUUGGUAUUUGAAGAUGAUGUGGCAGUGGACUCAAGUGAAACACAGGAUUUGGAAAAAUAACCCCGAAGACGUUCUUGAUAAUAUAGAAUUCCAUGCGUUUAUCUCGUAUAGUGAGCGUGAUUCUGACUGGGUGAAGAAUGUCUUGAUUCCAAACUUGGAGAAGGAGGAUGGCUCCGUACAGAUCUGCCAGCACGAAAGGAACUUCAUUGCCGGCAAGAGCAUUGUUGAGAAUAUCAUCGACUGCAUUGAGAAAAGUUACCGAUCCAUCUUUGUGUUGUCUCCCAAUUUUGUGCAGAGUGAAUGGUGUCAUUACGAGCUCUACUUUGCCCAUCACAAGCUAUUCCAAGAAAAAAACAACAGUUUAAUCCUCCUCUUGCUGGAACCAAUCCCACCCUACAUCAUUCCUGCAAAAUAUUACAAACUAAAAGCUCUCAUGGCGAAGAGGACCUACUUGGAAUGGCCCAAGGAGAAGAGCAAGCAGGGACUUUUCUGGGCGAAUCUUAGGGCAGCUAUUCAUGUUAAGCUUCCAGAGAAAUGA